AAGCAGCCAUUUCGGCGUCCGAUUUCUGGGUGGGCUGGGCAUGGCUGGGCUGCGCAAGAUGAGGAUUCUAUGGCCGCUCGUGUUUUUGCUGGGUCCAGUGGAGGCAGAUCCAGUGGAGGUGCAUAUUGUAUGUCACACACAUGAUGAUGUCGGUUGGUUAAAGACGGUCGAUGAGUACUACUCCGGGCAGAACAACUCGAUUCAGCAUGCGUAUGUCCACAUGAUUUUGGACACAGUCGUCCAAAGCUUGGCGAUGAACCGGAACCGCACCUUCACCUAUGUGGAGCAGGCCUUCUUCGUUCGCUGGUGGCGGCAGCAGGACGCGGCGACGAGAGCCUUGGUGAAGACCCUGGUCAAGGAGGGAAGGCUGGAGUUCACCAACGGUGGCUGGUGCAUGCAUGAUGAAGCAGCCCCGCAUUACAUUGAUAUGAUCGACCAAACCACCUUGGGCCACAAAUUCUUGAUGGACGAGUUUGGAGUGGCUCCGAGGACAGGUUGGCAGUUGGAUCCCUUUGGGCAUUCAGCCACCCAGGCGGCUCUUCUCUCUGCUGAGGUCGGCUUCCAAGGGCUUUUCUUCGGGCGGAUUGACUACCAGGAUUUGCAGCUGCGGCAGCAAGACCGUGCCGCUGAGUUCAUUUGGCGUGCGUCGCCUUCCCUGGGCCCGGCAGCACAGGUCUUCUCAGGACUCACAGGUUCGUACCAUGGAAACUAUGGGCCACCGGACGGAUUCCAGUUCGAUGUGAACAACCUCGAUGAAACCAUCCAGGACGAUCCCAAUCUGGAGGACUACAACGUGAAGAGCCGUGUGGACGGCUUCGUGGCGGCGGCCCUGGCACAGGCGAAUAUGACUCGAGGCAAGAACAUCAUGAUGACCAUGGGCUCGGACUUUCAAUACGAGGACGCACUGACCUGGUUCUACAACCUGGAUCGGCUCAUUCAGCAUGUGAACGAGGAUGGCCGAAUAAAGGUCUUCUACUCCACGCCCUCCCGCUAUGUCGAGGCCAAGCAGAAAGAGACCAUGGUCAAAUGGCCCUUGAAGGAGGAUGACUUCUUCCCCUAUGCGGAUGGGCCUCACAAGUUUUGGACGGGAUACUUUACCUCCAGACCCACGCUGAAGCGUUACAUCCGUGACACCAGCGCCUUCUUCCAGGUGGCGAAGCAGAUCACGGCGCUCGCCGAGUCCGGAACGCAGGGCCUGGAGCACUUGGCGGAGGCCCUCGGUGUGGCGCAGCACCACGACGCCGUGAGCGGCACCGCCAAGCAGCACGUGACCUUCGACUAUGCCAAGCGCUUGGCGCGGGGAAGGAGCUUGGCCUAUCCGGAGGUCUCAAAGGCUUUGAAGACCCAUAUGGGCAAAGCCUCGGUUCAGGACUUCACUCUUUGUGAGCUGCGAAAUGUCUCGCUCUGUGCUCUCACCCAAGCGGUGGGCCGAAGUACCAACAGAACUUGCUUCGCGCUGUGGAACGGCCUGGCACGGCCUCGUGAGGAGCUCAUUGAGCUCCCGGUCUCCUCGAAAAACCUGGAAGUUGUCCAGGCCGAAACCAACGAGGCUGUCCCCAUUCAGCUGGUGCGUUCGCUCCCAUCGGUCACCAACUAUGGCUCCGAUGCAGGUGGUGCCAAGGACACGCUGUUGGCAGAGGUGAAGCUGCCUCCGCUGGGUUUCAGUGGCUUUUGCUUGCAGCAGGUUGAAGGCAAAACAGCGCCGGAGUCACAGUUGAUGAAGGAUGCAGAGCUCAUCGAGAAUGAGAACUUAGCGAUCCACUUCGCGGGCGGCAUGAUGUCCAAGAUCACUGACAAGGUGAACAACAUGUCCAUCCGUGCGGAGCAGAAUUGGUUCUGGUACAACGCAUCUGUCGGGAACGCCGAGAGCUCACAGGUGAGUGGUGCCUACAUCUUCCGGCCGAACCGCUCACAGGCGAACCCUGUCUUCACUGGACUGCCCUUCAUGCAAGUCUUCCAUGGGGAACUGGCUGAUGAGGUUGUGACCUCAGUGGGUUCCUGGGUGCAUCAACGCCUGCGCUUGGCGAAGAAAGCCUCGCACGUGGAGAUCACCUACACCGUAGGCCAGGAAUGCCCAGGGCUUCGCUUCGCUGACCCGCCAGGUGAGAUCCCUGCAGAUGAUGGCCUUGGGAAAGAGAUUGUCUCGCGCUUCAGUACGGACCUUCAGACGGCAGGGACCUGCUUCAGCGACAGCAACGGACGUGAGAUGCUCCAGCGCAAGCGUGACUUUCGGCCAUCUUGGGACUUCAACCAGACAGAAGAGGUGGCAGGCAACUACUAUCCGAUUGCCACGUCGCUCUUCAUCAGGAGCCAGCAGUCUCAGUUGACGGUGCUCACCGAUACCUCCCAGGCUGGCACUGGAUGCGUCCGCGAUGGGGAGAUCGAGAUGAUGGUGCAUCGGAGGCUUUUCAAGGAUGAUGGCCGUGGUGUUGGGGAGCCUCUCAAUGAGACGCAGUUUGUGACUUCAUAUGUGGAGGACCCCAAGGGUCAACAUUACGGCCCGGGACUUGUGACGAGGGGCCAACAUUGGCUCCACUUGGGGCGCCCCAGCAACACGGCCAAAAGCUGGCGCCCCUUGAUGGAUCGCCUCUACAUGGCACCGGUGCCCUUCUUCACCGCAGGUGAGGUGGCCUUCCGCAAGUCGUGGACCAAUUGGCUGCCAAAGAAUUUGGAGGUCAUCAGCCUGGCUUCUUGGGGGCCCAAGACACUGCUCCUGCGCAUCGCUCAUCAGUUCGGCGUGGGCGAGGACCCGGAGCUCUCCAAACCUGCCAAGCUGAAUUUCGAAUUCCUUUUCCCAGGCCAUUCGAUCACUUCAAUCGAAGAGCGUGGCCUUGGAGGGACCAUCUCCAAGGAUGAAGUCGAGCAUCGUCGCAUCCAGUGGCCCUUGGAGGACGAGGCCGCACCCGGUGCACCUUUGGGCCGCAUGCGCAGCGCGCGCAGCACCGUGGGCGUGGUGACCUUUGGGCCGCUGCAGAUCAGGACCUUUUUGCUCCAAUUCGGCGAAGCGGUGUUCAUUUGAGGAGCCACGCCACGAAAAAAGAAGCGGUCCGCGCUGAGGUGGCAAGUGCGUGUGGUGUCGGGCAGAAAUCCAAAGUUUAAG